AUGCAAUGUGACUUUUUUCUAGGUGCCACAUCCUUAAUCUUGGAUGGCGAUGCGAGUAUCCUAAGCUUACAACAAGUAUGCAUAAACGGUGAGGAAAUCAGUGGCGACACGAAAAUGCAAGUAGAACAGGACAAACUGACGAUUCACAAUGUGACAGAACCGGCCGAGAUACGUAUCACUACUCGAUUCAAUGCCAAAGAGAAUACAGAAUUGGCGGGACUUUAUAAAAGUGGAGACAACUUCUGCACGCAGUGCGAGGCAGAGGGAUUCCGACGCAUUACAUACUUCCCCGACCGACCUGAUGUGAUGAGCACCUACACCACCACCAUUCACGCUGACAGGGAAAAGUUCCCCGUGAUGCUAAGCAAUGGCAACCUGGUAUCUAAACAGAAGGUUUCGUCGAAGGACAGUUCGAUGCAUUCGGCGACGUGGCACGAUCCCUGGCCCAAGCCAUCUUACCUGUUCGCUCUCGUUGCAGGCAAUCUCACGGCUACAAGGGACACUUUUUGCACGCAAUCGGGAAAAAAUGUUGAUUUGGUCAUCUGGACAGACCCACAUAACGCCCAUCUCACAGCCCAUGCAAUGUACAGUCUCCAACGCGCAAUGAAAUGGGACGAAGAUCGGUUUGGCUUGGAAUACGAUCUCGAUUUGUUCAAUAUUGUGGCCGUGGAUGACUUCAAUAUGGGUGCGAUGGAGAAUAAGUCUCUCAAUGUCUUCAAUUCCCGGCUAGUGCUCGCUUCCCCAGACACCGCAACCGAUCUGUCGUACGAACAAAUCGAAAGUGUCGUGGGCCACGAGUAUUUCCAUAAUUGGACGGGCAAUCGCAUCACGUGCCGUGAUUGGUUUCAGCUGAGUUUAAAGGAAGGGUUGACAGUAUUUCGGGAUCAAGAAUUCACUAUGGAUCUCCACUCCCGUCCCGUGGCGCGUAUCAACGAUGUUCGGAACCUACGCAGCCGCCAGUUCGCGGAGGAUAAAUCGGGAAUGAGUCAUCCUGUUCGGCCGAUUUCAUAUGAGAAAAUCGACAAUUUCUACACAGCCACCAUUUAUGAGAAAGGCGCGGAGGUGAUAAGGAUGUACUACACACUCUUAGGGAAGGAGAAGUUCCGCAAAGCGAUCGAUCUUUACUUCGAACGGCACGACGGUCAGGCGUGCACGACAGACGACUUCUUCGCUGUGAUGUCUGAGGUGUCGUCUGUGCCUCUCGAUGGCUUUGAGCGGUGGUACACACAGGCGGGAACACCAGUGCUUAAGGCGUCAUCGGAAUAUCUAAAGGACACGCAGCAGCUCAGGCUCAGUUUGCAACAGGUUUUACCCACCCCACCAGAAGCGCACCCGGUUGAACAUAUGGGCCCGCAAUUCAUACCGGUAUCAACCGGAUUACUGGAUGACAACGGCAACGAUCUGCCUCUUACCAGCUACAGCUAUCAGGAGGAUUCCGGACAGACCAUAACAACGACCGUAGACCAGGGAACUACUACCGCUGUACUGCCGUUUAAAGCAUUUUCUGGCGAAUUUCUGAUCAACAAUGUUCCCCAGAAGCCAGCUGCGGUGUCUCUGCUGCGUGAUUUUAGUGCUCCAGUUGUAUUGCACUACAAUCAAACAGCGGAAGAGCUACAGCAUCUCGCCAAACACGACUCCAAUCCGUUUAACCGGUACGAGAGCACUCAGAAACUUGCCCGGCUGGCGAUUAGUGCAUCAUACUAUCAGGAGUCGAACCACGCGACCACCUUCAACGAAGCACUGGCCACAACCCACGGCAAUGCUCUCGAAAGAGAAGAUAAUUCUAAGACAGUGACCAAACUCGACCCGGCAGCAGUGGCGCAGAUGCUCUCAUUGCCCUCAAUUGAAGAACUAGGACCGCUGCUCAUUCAGGACAUCACAGACUCCCCUAAAGACCCAUUAUUAGACCCUUUGCUACUUAAUGGUGUACGGACUCAGGCAAUCCAAACAACAGCCGAGGCCAUAGAAAACGACCUUCUGCAGACAUUCAACGCUACAACCGAAGCUCUGCAUCAGCUUGAGUACGAACCUCACGGAGUGCAAACUGGCCUACGCUCACUGAAAGGGCAAAUCAUCAAUCGUCUGGUGGCAUUGGACGAACACAAGCACGCCAACCGCGCACACGCUAUGUUUGAAACGGCGACCAACAUGACAGAACGCAUGAUGGCGCUCACGGCACUCUCGCACUCCACGAGCAACUACAGAACCGACGCCUUAGAUCAAUUCUAUCAAAGAUGGCGAACGGAGCAGCUGAACGUAAUCGCAUGGCUAGGAGUUCAGGCGAGGAGUGAAGUUGUGAAUAAUGUCAGCAAAGUCAGGGCCUUGUUGUCUCACGAGAGCUUCGACAUGCGCACACCGAAUAAGGUAUACGCGCUAAUUGGCGGGUUUAGUACUAGCCCCGCAAACUUCCAUGCGGCAGAUGGCUCGGGCUACGAGUUCUUGGCUGAUAGUGUGCUGGCUGUGGACCAAAUCAACCCUCAGGUGAGUGCCCGACUUCUAGGACCUUUCACAACUGCAAAUAACUAUCAACCGCUGUAUCGAGAUGGUAUGGUGCAACAACUGCUACGCUUGGAAAGAGCGAGUCUUAGUGGGAAUGCCAGUGAGAUCGUUGGAAAAGCUCUUCGUUUUGUGCAAUAAAAAUCAGACGUAAAUUUGCCU